AUGAAGUUUGGUACCGUCGUCGCUUUCUUCCUCACCUUCCUCCUCUCUCAGCUAUGGGGCACUCUUGCCUCACCAAUGAUCAAGGCCGUGGCUCCUCAGGCCUUCAGUACCUUCGCCGGCUCCCCAGGAACAUCACCCUUCGCAUUGAUGUUCGAUUCCGUCCCUGCCUUUUGGGCCUCAGCAGAUGUAAUGGCCUCGUGGAGCAAUGGUUUUUACCAAGUUCAUGUCAACCGAAAGUCUACUCCGAUCGCGGUCAGGUCUAUCUUGAACAAGGGUGGUGAGCAGAUUAAACUGUUUGAUGAAUGGCAGUUUAUUCUUCCUGGUCACGUCUUUGUGUAUGGCAACGUCCGCGGCGGCAAUCCUGAUGACGGCUAUACUGGAAACUUGCGGGCGAUGGAUUGUGACUUCAACAGAAACUGCUGGGGCGAAGAGAGGAUGAUGACUCUUUUCGAAUUGACAAGAGAGUCGCCGGUUAGGACUGUCACCGACCUGAGUCUCGUAAACGGAUACAACAUGGCGAUGGACGUCGAAUUCGGCAAGGGGUCGGACUGCAAACCCCUUAACUGCACCAUCCCCGCCCAGAAAAUCUUGGACUUAUGCCCAUCUGAACGUCGCUCCGGUACGGAUAAAACCCCUGGUUGCAUGUCACCUUGCCAGGCAACUGGUCGCCCACAGGAUUGUUGCACUGGCGAAUUCGCCAAUAGUAAAUGUUCACCGUCAGGCAAAGAGUUUGAUGCUUUUUGCCAUGCUUACGAUUGGGCCACCGACGAUACGAAAUCGCAAACCUGCAACCCAGGUGACAAGAUGAUCGUCUAUCUAGGGUAA